AUGCAAAUGGACGCAGCAGAAUCUACAACACCGACUUCAUCGACAACAUUCCAACAGCACUCAUCGUCGACACGAUCAUCAGUAACACCAUCGAAUGGCAGUCGAGCGCUACGAAUGGAUCACGUUAAAAUGUCCAGUCCAGGUCAAAAGAGUCCAACUUCAGGAGCGUUAGCGGAAGGCAAUCAAGCAUCUGGUUUACUCAGUCAAAUG